GGGGCCAGCCCCGCGCAUGCGCAGUCACAGCCGCAGCCAUGGCUCCUAAGCUCCGCGUCUCCGUUGUCUACUGCGGAGCCUGAGGCUACAAACCCAAGUUCCAGGCACUGAAGCAGGAACUGGAGCGGCGCUUCCCGGGAGCGCUGGAAGUGCAGGGGCAGGGCACACCGGAAGUGACCGGAUGGUUCGAGGUGACCGUGGGGGGGCGGCUCGUGCACUCUAAGAAGGCCGGCGACGGCUUCGUGGACUCGGAGGCCAAGCUCCAGCGCAUCCUCAGCUCCAUCAGUGCCCUCCUGCCCCCCAUGUAACCCCGGUAUUCCCAACCCCAUUCCCGGCAUUCCCAAUGCCAUUCCCGACCCCAUUCCCAGUAUUCCCGACCCCAUUCCCACCCCCGCAGCGCUCCAUGACGGGAACAGCCAAAAGUAAUGGGUUGAGCCCCGAUACCCACGCGGCGCCGGUGGGAUCCAUGCCCCAUUCCCAGCCCUUUUCCCUAUGGAUGAUCCCAGUUUUCCCUAUGGAUGAUCCCUGUUUUCCCUAUGGUUGAUCCCUGUUUUCCCUAUGGAUGAUCCUGUUUUCCCUAUGGAUGAUCCCUGUUUUCCCUAUGGAUGAUCCCAUUUUCCCUAUGGAUGAUCCCUGUUUUCCCUGUGGAUGAUCCCAUUGGGAUUUAACCCUCC